AUGGCUACUAGAGCGGCACCCAAUGAACUUCGCGACUUCCUUGACCAGCUGAAACAAUGGACGUUAUUUGCGGCGAAUCAAUCUUUGCCAGCUGGCGGUCGAGCAUUCAUAUCGAUACACCAGCUCAAGAGAUACCUUGACAAAGAGAGGCUGCGAAAGCUUCUAUGUUACGUUCAACGUACUUCCCACAACCAAGAAGUGAUCCAGGACAAGUACAUAGUUGUGUUCGCGAUUCUUCUCAAGAUUGGAAAGGGCGCUUACAUAUCCCACUUCACGAGCCACGACUCCCUAGCAGACGACAGGCUGCCUUUCGAACACCCAAAUGGUUGGUUUGGUGAAUCAACGUCCUUCUUCGAAGAAUUCUACAAAGCGCAAUGGCCAUUUUGCGCCAAGCGGCUCGAGCGAGGCCGCUUUACCGACAAAUGCGUCCCCGAGGAAAUGGUCAUACCGUUCAAAAGGAUGGAAGUGUUGAAACAAGGCCCGAAUUCUACCGUAUUCCGGGUUGAGGUAUUCCCGGAAUACAAUUAUCUUACUCAGCUUCACAUUAAGGAUGAGCACGAUAAACCGACUACCAACGUCUUCAUCUUGAAGUCAUGUCGAUCAAACAGGAGGAAGUUUUACGAUAACGAAGUGGAGACGUAUAGGGCUCUUUCAAAUCACCCAACCGGCGGAGACGCUCUACAAUACAUAGCUCACUUCUAUGGCUCAUGGACUCAGGGGGAUACGUGUAACAUACUGCGCGAAUAUGUCGGAGGCGGUACCCUGACAGAAUAUUUCAACAAAACUGAGCCGCCCAUGUCAAAAGAACACAUCCUAAAAUUCUGGGAGAACUUCAUACAGAUCACAAAGCCAAUUGCGAGUAUACACCAUUAUCCCGACCCAGCGAACGCGCACUCGUAUCAACAAGGUCUACAUAACGACAUCAAGCCGGAUAAUAUCCUUGUGUCCGAACCGUACGGAGAAAGUCCGUACGAUGUUUUUUUCAAACUCUCAGAUCUUGGUCUCGCUGGAUAUGUUCUAGCUAGUGAUUCUGACCAUGAAGUGCAUUCACGCGAUGUACAUGGCACGCAGAUGUAUAGCGCACCCGAGUACUUUCGCGGAGAAGGAGACAGUUUCAAACGGCAAAGCAUAAAACAAGCAAACCCUAGCAAAGACAUUUGGUCUUUAGCUUGUGUGCUCAGCGAAGCUGCGACAUGGUCUGUAUUUGGCGCCAAGGGUUGGAUCGAUUACCAUGACAAACGAAAAACAGCAACUUCUGCUGUCCCAUCAAUAAGGAAUACCGCCUAUAGUGGGUGCUUCCAUGAUGGCACAAAAGUGCUCCCCGUUGUUCGAACACAGCAUCGUGAAGUUAUACACAAAAGGCGAAUAAACAUUGAUGGUAUCAUGCCUGAGGUGAUACACACGAUCGAGAAAAUGAUGGGACAUAAAGACUACCGACCGACCGCACUCGCGGUCUACGAACAUAUCACAGAAGCUCUAGAUUUGGCUAGGCCACUGGAGCCGACCGCCGUUACUCAGUCACCCGCGCAACGAUCACCGCCUCCAGUACUUCCUCACGAGGGGCUCGGGCUGAGAAUAGGCCAAAUACCAAUGCAAUCGCCAACCCACCAUUUCCCUUCCCCUUCAAACAUAAUCGAAGAGAAAAGGAAAACGUCUAAUUAUGUUCCAAGAACACCUGGAAGCGCAUCCAGAGUGAUGUCGUAUAGAUAUGACAGCCCUAGUGCAUCGCCCAUGUUGGCUAAAGAAGGGUCGGAUCUUCCCUAUGCUAAUAUAGAUGGAGUAUUGGAAUGGAUCUCAAAAAAGAAAAGCUCUUCGGCAGUGAGACUAAAAGAUCAAGACUGGUUACAUAGACUACAUGGCCGGGAUCAGAUCUUCCUCAUUGAUGACUCGAAUUCUAUGAAAAAACACUGGGAGCAGGUGCGACGCGUCUUCGAAGCUCUAGCAUAUCUAGUCAAGGAACUGGACCCAGAUGGCAUCGAGCUCCGCUUCACCAAUAACUGCUCACUAGACGACCGCAGUAAAGACCGGAGGAACCUCAUCAGAACUCUGAAAAGAGUUACGCCUAGCGGUCAGUGUCAGAUGGGCCUUGCACUCAGCAAGAUCCUUCCACGUUAUCCUCAGAAUCAACCGGACAAGCGAUCGUCCUGGCGGCCCGCGCCGGCCGAGAAGACCGGGAUGAAUAUAUACAUCUUCACCGAUGGCGUUUGGUCAAAAGAGAAUAACUGUGUUGAGACUACGGUACAACACAUCGAGCUUUUGGUGGACAAGCUAGUACAAAGUGGCCAGCUUCAGGGAGUCGGCAUCCAAUUCAUUCGCUUCGGCGACGACCAAGUUGGGAGGGAACGCCUCGACUUCCUGGAUAACGACGGGUUACAAAACUAUCGGGUAGCAACGGACGUCGUCGAUACAGAACCUGCGACAGGCAACGUAUUCAAAAUGCUGCUUGCGAGCACGGACAGGAGCUGGGAUGUACAGUACAGCUGA